GUUUCACCGGGUCAACCGGCCUUUCACGUCCACGUUUUUUCUGGGCCACCUCUCCACUCUUUUGGAAACACCGUUCAACGAGAGCGUCUUCUUCUACAGAGCUUUUUGGGUUUUCUUGCGAAAAUUUGCGGCGAUUUGGCUUGUGUUGUGUUCGGAUUUGGGUUCAUACGUGUUGAAAUUUGGCUGUGGGUGUCCGUUUUGUGUCGGAGAAUUUCAAGAAUGGAGCAUUUUGAUGGUGUUUUGGCACAUGUUCAGCUGUUCUGAAAAAUUUGAGUCGUUUUGGUGUGUUUUGGCUGUAUUUUAAAAAAUUUCGGUCUUGCUGGUGUUGUCAGCUGUGUUAGGGCCUCUGGAUCUGCCAAAUCUGCUAUUUGAGGGGUGGAAUACUGGGGAUUUACAUCAUUGAAGGCGUGCUGUUAUUAUUCUUCUCUGGGGAGGUUUUGAAGGCGAGGGUUUGAAGAGUACAUAACAGCAUGCCGUGGGUGUCUUUGUUUGUGAACAUGUACUGGCCUUCGGUUCGGCUCAUUGUCUUCUUCAGGGUCAUUCAGUAAUUGUAAUAAGCGAGUUUUCUUCAGUUCUGCUUUGAAUCGGUGUCUCUUUCUGGAUGGAUAUUCUGUGUGUUUCUGUCAAGGUUUUUUUCAUGGAUUUCGAGUGCAAAACGUUUUUUUCGUCAUCUUCAGGUAAGGCCAGUUAGGUCUUUAGGCCUUUUUCUGUGCUACCGGAGCUUUGUUUGUUUAGUAAAAGAAUUGACGAGCAAAUUUUGAGCUUUGGUAGGGUCUGUAGUCUAUAUGUUUUCUUGCCAAGUUUCAGCACAAAUAGCGCUCAGUUAGUGGGUAUAUUUUCUUUUUCUUUUUUAUCAUUUCCAUUUGCCUGCAAGCAAGCUUUCAAAAUUGUCGUUUUCUCGCUAAGCUUUAGAAUUUUCGCGUCUGGACCCAGAUUUUUAGUUUUUCGCUCGUCUGUGGAGACUAUUAACCAGGUCUAUUAGCCUAAAACCAUUUAAAGAAUCUGAAAGUACUGUAUCUUUGCAAGAAGCGCGUCUUUACACAUAUUGAAAGAGUUGUAAUUAUAGAACUUUCUGGAACUUCUGUCAAGUUUUCUUUUGUAUGCUUUUGUGAAGCAAUUAACGUUUAGGAACCUGUGGAGGUGUAAAAAGGGGUGAAUAAGUGUGAGUGUUUUUGCGGAAAGGGCGGGCUGGAUAGUUUUGAAAGUUGUAUUCAAGAAUGUGUCAAGCAGCCAACCUGAUCAGAUUUGGGGCAUUGAAGCAAGAGAGCGGAGUUGCAGGGAACAUUAUAAUGACCGUCAGAACUAUCGUCGUUUUCCAGCUUUUGAGACUUUGUCAGAUAUUUCAUUUUGAUUCCAUGGCAGGCCGAGUAUUUCCGUCAGCUGCUUAAGCCUAUCACGUAGAUCUGUGUUUGAGUCUGUUAUUUUUCAGCCAGAAUUGGAAGAAUUUGCUGUGAAGGAAGAGAUUAGAGGUUGGGGACAAUGACAGAAAAAGAGUGGUUCUUCUUAUGCUUCUGGAUAGUGUGACUUUUGCAAAUAUUAAAACGGCAUUGAGCCUAGACUCGGGGAUCACGACCAUCUGGGUUCGGGUUAGGUAGUAGUUCUGAGGUUUUGUACGCUGGAACUAUUUGCUGAAUGGAGGAUCAGAAUAUUGGUUUGGGAAGUGUAUUGCCAUGGAUGGUGCAAGAAGGCUGUGGUUCACCCGCUUUUCCCUGUGCCAAACCUUGUUUACAGACAAACAAUAACAGGGGAGGCUUUGAAGUAAAUGCAGAGUCUCAGCCAUCUCAGCUGAGUUUGGCAAUAAAUGCUUCAAAUUAUGUACCCGAGGCCACUCAUCCAUAUUUCCCAGAACAGGUGAAACUGAUUGAUGAAAAUAUCAAUUCUCAUUCAGCUGUUAUGGGCGAUAUUUCAGUUGGCUUAAAAAAAGAAACUGCUUCGUUUGACAAGCAUAACUUUGCAUGGAAUGUUGGGGUUGCGGAAGGAAUGAAACAGGUCCAGAUGCUUGACGGACUGGAACUACAAUCCUCUGAAGCAUGCCAGAAGAGGUUCAUCAUUUUUGAUCAAACUGGAAGCAGAGCAAGGGUCAUUUUUCAUCCAGCUCUGGUGUACGAGUUUUCUGACAUUUUGCCCAACACCAGCAAUACCAACGGUUUGGAUGGUAAGGUAGGUGAAAAAGAAACUAUUCAGAAAAUACUAUCUGCAUGUGCUUCAACUGAAUGGGGAGCUAGAUUGUUUGCAUACAGAGAGCCCGUGGCUUCAGCCCAUCCAUCGUUUGCAAAGAUACCAAACACUGGGUUGGAGCCAAUUACUCUCAAUGAGGGUCUUUGUGGAUUUUCAAUGGGAGAAGAAAGUGAAAGCCGCAUGAGCUGUAAUGGAUCAAGUCAAGGUUGUUAUAGUCAAUUUCAUGAAGAUAGUAGAGAUAUUGAUGCUUUAUUGUAUUCUGAUUAUGAUGACGAUGAAGAGGUGAGCACUGGUCACACUCCAAGUGAAGUAGUUAUAAACAAUGAGUUGACCAAUAUCGAAGAUGGUGCAGAUGUUAGUAGCAAUGGCUUCUCAAGAAAGAGGAGACGAUGUGGAGAUCUUGAAUGCAGGGAACAGGAGGUUGAUUUUAUACCUGCUUCUAUUGAAGAAAGAACUUCAUCAAUUCUGAGAUGCACUUCAGCUAAUGUUUGUUUGCCACCAUCCAGAAGCCACGAGUCCAAUAUUCAGCCUCAUCACAAUGAAAAUGCUGUGGGUUCUGAAUGUAUUCACAAUGAGUUCUGUGAUUCAGCCAGUACUAAUAGUUAUCCAAGAAAGACAAGCUCACAGAGCAGUGCAAACAAACAAAGGGGGUCAUACAAUUCUACAUUAAAGCGUCCAAACUCCUCUAAGAAAUCAAGAAUUAAGAAAAUGAAAAGAACCCUAGAUGUUCUCAGAAGUGUUAUUCCCGCAGGAGAUUGCAUGGACACAGCAGUUGUUCUUGAUGUGGCUACCCAGUACUUGAAAUCACUUCAAUUACAGGUAAAGAAAUUGGAGGCCAAUCAGAACGACAAGUAUGGAAUCAUUCCAUGAUUUUCCUGAUAGAUGUGUUAAAUCAGAUGAAUGUUAAGAGAGAUUAGGAAUCUCUGGUGGACAUCUAUAUUUUGUUUUUUGGUUUAUUCAAGACUGUUGCUUAACUGACUAUUAUAAUAGCCGUGGAAUCUGUUUGAAAAAUUCUGAUUUUUUAUGGACUAUCAAGGCCUUAAAUUUUCAGUUUUUAUUUAA